AUGUCACUUCCUCCUGGCGCUGCUGACGUGUCAACUUCAACAAUGUCGUCUAGCCAUGACUUCGAGAUUUUCCAACCUGUGCGAGUGCCCUGGACACUCACCUUGCCAGCCUGCACUUAUACGUCCACAUUUCUUUCAUUCCAGAGUGCUUGUGCUGAAUGCCGGCAUGGCUUCCUUUCCGGGACUUUAAAUGCUAACAGAGUUAUCUGGCCUGUUCUGAUGGAAGUGGUGGUGUGUUUGUUCGCCAUGGUCGCACAAGUGUACGUGCCGGACUACCUCUUGCGUGGGAUUGUGCACCAUGAGAUUGAAGCCUGCCAUGGCAUUUGUAUCAAGCUUCAAUUAUUCGCGGUUGGAUUUUGGAUUGCAGAGAUGCUACAAGAAGGCUGGGAGACAUGGUCCAUGCUCGUGUGGAUGUGCGUUGCUAAUAAAGUAGAGUACAACGUAAAUGAGAAAAAGUCCACGAUCCAGCUGCCUGCCAUUACGCGGCGCGUGCGUUGGUGGGAGAGCCUUGUUGGCGCACUACUCAUCCUGUGCAAAUUCCUCAUUGCGGUAUGGCUCACUUACAUGGGGAGCUUUGUGAUCGUGAACUCCGAGAACAAUCAAGACCUUAUCUUCAAUUGCGUGGCCAUGAACUUCCUUCUCAAACUGGACGACAUGAUGUUCGUAUGCAUGUCGAGCAAAAUGUCAAAGGACAUGGUCAAAAGCCUUGAGCCACAGCAUGUGGAAGUUGAGAGCUGCCAAAAAGUGUAUGCAUUCGAUCUUGCCUUCGGGCCCCUGCUCACAGUGAUCGUCUGGGCAUCGCUGACAUCGGGCUUUGUCUUUAUUGGUAAUGAAUGCGGGUAUACCCGAGAGCAUGCAUGUUAA